AUGCUCCCGCAGACCGACGCCCUGCAGGGAGACCCCGCCGCGGAGGAGGAGGCCGAGGAAGAGGACGCGGAGAGCGUGGAACAGGACGAUGAGAUGGGCGUCGCUGCCGACGCGGAGAGUGAGGACGAGCCCGCCGGGAAGAAGACGCCCUUGAUACCGCUCCCACCGGCGUCGUUUCUUGCGCCGGGGCAGACGUUUUCGGGCAGCCAGACAGUGAAUCAGUAUCAGGCUAAGCCGGCUGAUGAGUGGCGUGUGAAUGUGCAUAUACAGGCCGUCGAUUGGCAGCGGGGGAGGAUUUCCGGGUCGAUGGAGGCUUUGGAUGUACCCAAGGCUGCGGCUCCGGUCGUGACGUUUUGGGAGGGAGAGAUUGUGGAUAAUCGCAACUACUUUUUUUGGACUGGGCGUUGGGAAGCUCAUGUUGAACAGGACGUCGAUCACUGGAAGAGGUUUGUGGGCUUUUCUCGUCUGCAUGCUCGAGUCAAAAAGGACAGGGGAGACGACAUUGACUUGGCCACCUGCCGCUACAUAUUCAUGCGGUGGAAGGAGGUUUUCUUUGUCAGUCCCGGUGAGGACUGUGGGUUGACUAUAGCCGGCUUUUAUUACAUCUGCAUGGAUCGAUUCACAGGCUCUAUGCUUGGCUAUUACUACGACCCAAAGAGUCAGCCAUAUCAAGAGCUCCGCCUCAACGCAGUUUCGCUUCCGGGCGGCCACGUCUUCUCCAGUUAUGACUUCAAUUAA